GAGUCUCGCCUCAGCCGCCGCUGCUGCCGCCUCGGCUCCCCUCUCGGGCCCUUCGUGAGGGAAAAGAGCGCCGGGGAGGAAGCAGCGCGGGCCCUGCGGCCUCCUCCGCCCCCUCCUCUUCCCCUCCUCCCCCGCCCCUCUCGGCUCUCGGCGGCGCCGCUCCCCACCUUCCUCCUCCUCCUCCUCUUCAUCAUCAUGUCGGCGGGCGGCGACUUCGGCAACCCGUUGCGGAAAUUCAAGCUGGUCUUCCUCGGGGAGCAGAGCGUGGGGAAGACCUCGCUGAUCACCAGGUUCAUGUAUGACAGUUUUGACAACACCUACCAGGCAACGAUUGGCAUUGACUUCUUAUCGAAAACCAUGUACUUGGAGGAUCGCACAGUACGGUUGCAAUUGUGGGACACGGCAGGUCAAGAACGGUUCAGGAGCUUGAUUCCUAGCUACAUUCGUGACUCCACUGUUGCAGUUGUUGUUUAUGAUAUCACAAAUGUAAACUCAUUCCAGCAAACCACAAAAUGGAUUGAUGAUGUCAGAACGGAAAGGGGUAGUGAUGUCAUCAUCAUGCUAGUAGGAAACAAAACAGACCUAGCCGAUAAGAGGCAAGUGUCUAUUGAAGAAGGGGAGAGGAAAGCCAAAGAGCUGAAUGUAAUGUUUAUUGAAACUAGCGCAAAGGCAGGGUACAAUGUAAAACAGCUUUUCCGACGUGUGGCUGCUGCCUUGCCUGGAAUGGAAAGCACGCAAGACAAAAGCAGAGAAGACAUGAUUGACAUCAAACUUGAAAAGCCCCAAGAGCAGCCAGUCAGCGAAGGGGGCUGUUCCUGUUAAUAGCGUGUGGCUGUUCUCUUCCCUUUCUCCAGACCAUCUCUGCUUCUUCCCUCCCCUUGACUCAUUGACGGCAAUGUGACUCUUGGCUUGCCCCUUCCCUCCCCCCCCCCUCCCCUGUUCAGUAACGUAGUGCGGUUCAUCCUUGCUGCCUGUCUCGUGAAGAUGGCCUGUUAGCUUCACAAGCACAAAAGAGAAAGUCAGUGUCUUCGUUAUUUAUAAGGAAACACACACACACACACACACACACACAAGCCAAACUGAUCCUAAUGUAUUCCAGUAACCUGAAAAAAAAUAUAGGUUCAAAUUUGGUGAAUCUCUGUUCCUUUUUAAAAAAAAAAAAUUUACAAUGUUGCACUUUUUAAAAUGAUGGAAAUGGGAAUAGCUAUGAUUUGGAUGUGGCGAACAAAGGGUGUGCAGGGUAAUACUUAACUGGAAAAACCAGCCAGUCCUCAAAACAAGCAGUGUAGAGCGAUCAUAAUUUUUGAGCCUUUCCGUCUGCAGAACCAAAAAAUAAAAACCUGCUCUGCCUUUUCAAGCUAAGAUCCUCUGACCCUUUUUCUAAACUGUAGCCUUUUGGCAACGCAGGCCUGGCUAUCGCAUCUUAUUUUUUCGUUUCCGUUUCUGGUUGUGGAUAAGCAGCCUUCUGGCAUAUGCCUUUGGAGAUGCUUAGCAGGGGGCAAAAGGGGAGAUCGGAGGGGUGGUCUUCGGAUUAGAAAGACGCCACGCAGACGGAAUUUAGAAAGCUUGGUUGGCUCUUCCCUCUCGAAGUCCUACACAAUAAGCAAAAUUAAUUAGCAGUGUGUCUUUUGACUGUUGUAUUGGAGAGGAAUGUCUUUAAAUUUGGGAGUGGGCAAGGAAUGGAGAAGUUUUAUGCAAGUUAUACCAUUAAAGACAGUUUGGUUAAGCCAGCCAGGGUCUCCGAAAGAUAAUGGUGUGCGAGCUGCCAAGCUGUAAAGCUCUGGUGUAAAGUUAGUGCGCAAUGAGGAGGAGGAAGGGAGGGAGAGACUGUUCCUUAAACAGAACUGGGGUCAUUUACUUGUAAGAAGUAGAUUUGAAAGGCCCUUGGAAGAGGGAAGGGGAGCAUCUCACGGAAACAACCUUACCAUUAUGCAGACUUUUUGCCUUUAUUUCAGCAUUUUUUAAUGUAGGGUCUUUUGAGUCUAGUCUAUUUGUUGAUUCUGCGUAGUUUGGUUAAAUAACCCGUUGUUUAGUAUUACGUUUAACUGAACUACACUUCAACCGUGGUUUCUUUCGGUAUUUAUUUCUCUUGCUUUGAUUUUUUUUUUAUCAUCGUUGAAGAAUUCGUUAAUCCGUUUAGAGCUUUUGCUGAUGUCACAAGCUGUAGCUACCAGAGAAACACUGAGACGUGCACGCACACUCGCUUUCACACUCUAGAAGUGCACUCUUCAUCUUCUGUACUAGUCCUUGUGAAAUUGCUGUGUCAGUUAACGAACACGAUUUGUAAAUACAUUCUUUGCGGGAAAGGUAUAUGCCAGUGGGGAGGGGUAUGACACAGGGUAGGCGUUGAGUGGCAAAGUAGGAGAGGAAUUGGAUUCUUCUCCCAGACCUUCCUUGAAUGCCCUCCACCUUGGGGCAGACCCCCGCCCCCCCCUCCCCAAGUAUCCCAGCUUCAGGUGUACAUUUUCCUGCAUUAUGGGAUCGGAAUGGCAAAUGCAUUAUUUUGACCUGAGUUUCCAGUAACUUUGCAUAUACCACUAACGUCAUGUUAAGGGGCAGAAUAAGACAUUAAAAUGCUUUACGAUGCAAUAUUAAUGAGGUGACCUUGUUUUUCUUUUGGAGUAGCACGUCCGGAAAGAUUCAUUUAAACAUGGUGACAGAUGACAUUCUUUCCUUGAAAAGAACUGAAAUGGAGACCUUGCUACUUUCCUGUAUUGUUGUAUCCUUAAAUGUGCAAAGAAAAAUCCAUCUUGCUGCUUUUUAAUAUUGAGUUUUCCGUGGCUUGGGUUCUUAAAGCAAUGAAAAUGUGUACACGGGUUGGAUUUUUUUAAAACAUGCACAGAAUUUUUUGCUUCCAAUAAAGUAUCUAAUCAAAACA